UCCGGUCCUGCGCCGUUUCUGGAGCGGAUUGGAACCCGGAGUCAGGAUUUGAUAAAUGAAGUGUCUUUUGCAGAAAAGGUUUACAGAAUGGCUGCUCAGACUCCAGAGGAGUGCAUCUGGUGUGAGGACUGUGGGCAGUACCAUGACUCUGAGUGCCCCGAAUUAGGACCCCUGGUGACCGUCCAGGACUCUUUUGUCCUCAGUCGGGCCCGUUCCUCAAUUCCAAAUAGCCUGGAGAUCAGGCCAGUGGCAGAAGGCGGCGAGGGAGUUUUCGUCCAGCGACGUCUCGUCAAAAGGACUCGUUUUGGGCCCUUUGAGGCGAAGCGCGUCCCCAUUUUAGACAAAGAAGGAUUGUUUCCCUUGAAAAUAUUCCAGAAGGAUGGGCUAGUGGUGUGUUUUGACUGCAGUAGUGAAGAUGACUGUAAUUGGAUGAUGCUGGUACGACCUGCCACAGAUCACCAACACCAGAAUUUAACAGCUUACCAGCAGGACGAUGAGGUGUUUUUCAACACAUCCCAGGAUGUGCUGCCAGGAGCAGAGCUGAGGGUCUGGUAUGGAGCUUUCUAUGCCAAAAAGAUGGAGAAGCCUUUGCUCAAGCUUCCAGUUCAGCCACUGCCACCUCGAGAGACGUACGUCAAAACUAGCUCCUCUCCACCUCCUGUGAUGAACUUCAAAAACGCAGAAGCUGUCAGGCAGGUGACAGCCUCCACUGAGCUUGCAGAAGACUCCUUACGACCACAGGAGGAGAGCACAGCGGGGCCCAGCGAGGAGCUUCAAUCUGCCGCUGCUCAGCCUCCUGUGAAGAGAGGGCUAACUCGUGGAAGGAAAGCCAAAGGGUGCAGGACUCGACCUGUUGCCUGCGCAAGCAGGAGUAAAGAUGUGAAGCCACCCGUGGCGAGCCCAGAGUCGCUUGUUUCCGAGUUAGCAGUUGCUCCAGAGAAAAGCCGACAUCUUGGGGCUUCAGAUGCCGGGAUUACGCACAAGAGACACAAAGGUCGAGAGCACAAGAGGGUGUACCGCUGCUCCCUGUGCAACAAGGUCUUUCAGAACAGCAGUAACCUGAACCGACAUAUCCGAUCACACGGUGAUAAACUGUUUAAGUGUGACGAGUGUGACAAGUUGUUCAGUCGAAAGGAGAGUCUGAAGCAGCACAUCUCUUACAAGCACAGUAAAAAUGCGCCUGACCUAGAAUACAAAUAUAAAUGCAACACUUGUGAAAAAUCCUUCCGCCUGGAAAAUGCCUUAAAAUUCCACAACUGCAGGACAGAUGACAAGACAUUCCAGUGCGAUAUCUGCUCCCGCUUCUUCUCCACUAACAGCAACCUGUCCAAGCACAAGAAGAAGCACGGAGAGAAGCUCUACUCCUGUGAAAUCUGCAACAAGAUGUUCUACCGCAAAGACGUCAUGCAAGAGCACCACAGGCGGCACGGCAUCGGGCCAAAGCACAUGAAGAGAGAAGAGUUGGAGACCAAUGGAGAAGAAGCCACCAAGUACAGAAAGGAACCAUCGCCGUGUCCCAUCUGCGGCAAGGUGUUCUCCUGCCGAAGUAACAUGAACAAACAUCUGCUCACUCACGGCGAUAAGAAGUACACUUGCGAGAUCUGCGGCCGCAAGUUCUUCCGAGUGGACGUGCUGCGCGAUCAUAUUCAUGUUCACUUCAAGGAUAUAGCCUUAAUGGAUGAGCAGGAGAGGGAGGACUUCAUUAAAAAGAUCGGCAUUUCAGCAGGCGACAGCGACGAUAAGGACGAUGAAGAAGAUGAAGAUGACCCCGAGCACCACAAAUACAACUGCAAGAAAUGUCAGAUGUCGUUUGCCAAGGGCCGAGAAUACCUAAAACACAUCACAGAGCAGCACAAAGAGCGCGGCUACGGCUGCGCGAUCUGCAACCGUCGCUUUGCACUCAAGGCCACGUACAACGCCCACCUGGUCAUUCACAGAGAGCAGCUGCCUGACCCUGCCGUGCAGAAGUAUAUCCAUCCCUGUGAAAUUUGUGGCCGAAUCUUCAACAGUAUCGGUAACCUGGAGAGGCACAAAAUCAUCCACACUGGGGUGAAGAGCCACAGCUGUGACAAGUGUGGCAAAUCCUUUGCGAGGAAGGACAUGCUGAAGGAGCACCUGAGGGUCCACGACGACAUUCGAGACUUCCUUUGUGCCGAGUGUGGGAAAGGUAUGAAGACCAAGCAUGCCCUCCGGCACCACAUGAAGUUACACAAGGGCAUCAAAGAGUACGAAUGUAAGGAGUGUAACCGCAAGUUUGCCCAGAAAGUCAACAUGCUCAAACACUAUAAGCGACAUACGGGUAUAAAGGACUUCAUGUGUGAGCUAUGCGGCAAGACAUUCAGUGAAAGAACAACUCUGGAGACGCACAAGCUCAUUCAUACAGUGGGAAAGACCUGGACUUGCGCCACCUGCGAUAAAAAGUAUCUGACGGAGUACAUGCUGCAGAAACAUGUGCACCUGACCCAUGAAAAGGUGGAGGCCCAGUCAUGUAACCUCUGCGGCACCAAGGUUUCCACGCGGGCCUCAAUGAAUCGACACCUGCGCCGCAAACACCCUGAGGUUGUCCCCGUGAGAAUUGAUGACUUUGAUGAGUUUCAGGAACCCCCGACAAUCAAUGACUCGUCUGUCAGCAUUGCGCAGCCAAGCCUGACGUUAGAAAAAGACAGCCUGUCUCAGGAAAGACCCAGCCGACCUACCCGCCAGGCCAAGAAGAAGCUAAGAGUCACGCCCGAGCCAGAACUCUCCGGAUCAGAUGAUUACGUUGAUUUCACAGAGCCCAGACAUGAACCUCAGCCCGAAUUCAAAACUGUAAUCAUUGGCGAGGAGACAGAAACGAGCUCUGCAGUGCAGAGUAUCCAGCAGGUGGUGGUUCUCACCGACCCCAACGCCGCAUCUGCCCCCUCCCCCAACAACUCAGUGGGGCUAAGCAACAUCACGGUCACGCCCAUCAACAGCCCAACCCCAGCUCAGUUCACAAGCUUGCAGCCCGUUGCCGUCGGGCACCUGACAGCCGGCGACCGGCCCCUGUCGCUGGACAACUCGAUCCUCACUGUCACUUUCGACACGGUCAGCGGCUCGGCCAUGCUCCACAACAGGCCCGCCGAUCUCGGUCCAGAAUCUGUCGGUCCACCCGGAGGACAGUCCGCCCAGUCGGUUUCACAUUUCAUCAACCUUGCCACUCUAGUCAACCCCAUGAGUCACCAGCUUGAAGCCCAGACUCUAGCCUGGAGGCCAUCACCGACAGCCGAGGGCGGCCAAGGCACCCCUGUGGUUGAAGGCGCCCAGGGGGAGGUUCACGGGGUCCAGCGUCAGGGGCCCGAGGGAGCGCAGUCAGGCCCGAGUCAGCCGCCCACACCACAGCAGCAAAGCGGCGCCACACAGCAGAUGUUUAGCUACUAAUGAGGCGCUGGUCACCUCAAGCGGUUGCAUGUACAAACAUUUGUCAUUGUAAAUUUUAUAAAAUGUAUAUAGUUUUGAAUCAUUGUCACCCAGAUGCCUCUCUAGUGCCAUUCUAGUGAUUUUUUUUUCAGAAAAAUCAAAGUGUUAAAAUAGUAAAUCUUGUUUGG